GUUUGCAAAUUCCCAACGCGUCGCAUGCAACCACGUUUUGGUCCCAGAUUGUAUUCACGUCACUUGCAGAAGAGAAUGUCUGGACUACGAGGUUUCUUGGAUGCCAUCAGCACAGGGUCUUUCAUGGGUGAUGCCAGUGAGAGGUCCCAUGACAAUCGACUUGAUGCCGAGAUUUACACGGAGCUCUCCACAGAUGUGAAUAACUUUGCGAGUGACGAGGAUGAAGAUUCCAGUGGAGAGGACAACGAGUGGGAAAUUAAUCAUCCUCCUGAGAUAGAGUAUAUUGUUGUUGACUGGGAAUUACUUUCUUGUGAAAAUCGGAUGGAAAAUGAGAAUCUUCAGGAAUCGUCUCCAGAUUGUUUGUCCAAUGACGAAGGUUCUACAAGCCAGCAGGCAAGCGUAGAGUCAGAUAACAACGAGGAUGUGGGGGAAUUACCUCAUGGGGAAAAUCAAAUGGAAAAUGAAUAUAUUCAGGAAUCACUCCCCCCAAUCUCCCCCAGGUAAAGAGGCUCAAAAAAGCUAGUUGAAGCUCGAUUAGAUAGAAGUCAUGUUAUGUAUAGUAAUUCUUGUAUUGACAGUAAUUCUUGUAUUGAAAUUGUAAUUUCAAUAAGAAUAACGUAUUGACGGUUAUAUGUUAUUAGUUAUUUGUUGUAAAUCGUCUGUAUGUCCAUGUGUGUACAUUGUGUUGGAUGAUCGUGAGGCGUGAGUGUAAUGUGGUGUGUGUUGCAGCCAUGGUGUUACUUGGAUGUGUCGUACCAGACAUUGUGUAGGUGUUCAAAGUUUGGUUGUUUGAGUCUUUCAAUCAUGUCUGGCUGGAUGAAGAUGUUUCCUGCAUGUAGUUGUGUAAUUUUUUGUUCGUGAAUGCGGUUUUGGUAUGUGGUAUUUAUGUAUAUCCAUUUGACUGUACCGCGUUGUAUUUCGUGUGCCAGUUGUUGUUUGUUUAAGUGUUUGUAGCGUGGGGGCUCCAUGGCGAAGAGGCGGAUGCCAUAUGUUUUUGGGUUGAGGUCGUAACCGUCCCUAUGGCGAAGGGACUGAUCAUCGACCUCGGAGUCUGUAAGAUCGUCUGUGUGUUUUCGGUGGACAUGUGUUGUUUUGGGUUUCACUGAUUGUGUUUGUUGUGGUUUUGGCUGUUGUGGUGAUUGUUUGUGCGUGUCUGUUUUGGGUGUACGUGGUCGUGCAGGCGAUUGUGUGGGUGUGGGAGUUGGUGUAGGAUUUGGUGUUGGUGUUGGUUUUCUUGGUGGUGGUGCAGUGAAGAGUUCAGUCUCAGGCUCGUCCUGUGGGUCGAGAUCUGGUUGGCGUGGUGAGAUGGUGGAGUGUGUGAUUGUGGUCUAUGUGGUGGUGUUCAAUGUGUUUGGUGGGAGAACCUUGAAGAUCCCCCAGGAGUCUCCGUUCCCGAGGUCGAGAUCUGGUAAAUUAUUAUUUUUUCAAUACUUUUUGGUGUGGUGCCUGAAAACCUAGGCCUGGCUCCAUAGUGUUUUGUAGGUGGGCAUGUAUGAGUGCCGUCAUAAUUCCUACUGACAGGUUGUCUGGUAGUUGUAGUAUGAUCGGUGCUUCUUCUUUGUCUUUUUCCUUCUCCUCCUUUAUCUCCUUUAUCAAGGGUUUUAGCCAUGCAUUCUGUGUAGCUGCAAUACUUCGUUUGGCCGUUUGCUCAGCCACUCUUUUUAACAGAAUUUCCAUCUUUUCUUCUUUUUUAGAAUUCUCCUCCCUUGUCUUUUCUAUGGCUUCCUUCCUUAUGGGGCAGGAGUUUGCCAGGGUUCGGCGUCCUUCAUCUCAGUUUAGGAACCUUUUUGUUUCGGACUUGCAGUCUUUAUAGUUGUGGGUGUUAGACCCGCAUUCUGAACAUAGUCUGAAUUUUUUUCUUUGUCAGGGCAGUUGUUUUUGUAAUGACCAUAUCUAUAGCAGUGCAUGCAUUGCACUAUUGUUGUAAAUCGUUCAGGUUCGAUCUGUUUGGGGCUAAUGAAUAUGUUGAAUAGGUAUAAAACUUUUUCUUGGCAUUGGCAGCCGUGUGAUGGUCGGAGAAUUUUAUUAUCAUCAGUUAGCGGUUCUUCAUGAUGAAGAUAUUUCCAAUUUGGUUGGGUUGGAAAUGUUUCUCCAAUUCUUUUAUAUUUUCUGGUGCCUCUUUUACGAGGUCUCUGGCUAGCUGUUUUAGGACCAAGGUUAGUUUCGCUUUUAGUUCUGGGGGCAUCUGUGGUUCAAACCCCCGUCCCUUCUUGAGGAGGCUGUAGAUGUCGUGUGGGUGUUCCUGUGGUUGGUCAGUGGGGACCCUUUUCAGGGACCUAACCAUAUCCCUACUCACUGAAGUUUUUAUGGAGACCUGAGGUUUCCCUGACCCUGCAGCCUUGACCCUCUGAAGAAGAAGAACCGGUGGAGUUCUCCGGUACCUCUUAAGAAUCGAGGCUUUGUACUUGGUAAUGCUCCCUGGUCCCAAUCUGCUACAAGGGGGCUGGGGCUGCACUCCUCCCCCAGGCGAAUACUAGAGUCACAAGAACUCUCGUAGGCCCAGGAGGAGUUGUUAAAAUCCCAGCAUAGUAUUUUCUUUGGUAUUGCUGGUUGGAAGGUAUGGUUCAUUUUUUUCGCCUGCUAGGGAUUAUCAUAGUAGGUGUGGGCCCACUAUGAUAGCCUAUUGCUGGUGAGACCCUCGCCUGCCUCCCUUCCAGCUCCUAGGAGCUGAGAGCGAGGUUCAGUGGGUCACUCUUUUGUUUAUUGACGAACAACACGGGACAUAACAACACGAGAACAUAUAGGUGAAACAUGGUAAUAAGUAAAAACAAACGAAAAAGAUGUAGGUGGUGGCGAUGAUAAUGGGUCCAUGAGGGGUGUCUAUUUCGAUGGCCAUGAGUUCUGAGGUGAAAGUGUCGAGUAUUUUGUGUUUGAUUUGUUGUUUAACGGCAAUGGCUAUACCGUCAUUAACCUCGUUUGUUUUGUUGGAUGUGUAUGUGUUGUAAUUAAAUAUUUUUACUGUUUGUGGUUGUUGAAGUGAGUGUGAGUUUAUGAGUAUGAUGUCAGGGUCGUGUUGUCUGUAUUGGUUGCGGAGUUCUUGUCUUCGUCUGUAUGUCCAUGUGUGUACAUUGUGUUGGAUGAUCGUGAGGCGUGAGUGUAAUGUGGUGUGUGUUGCAGCCAUGGUGUUACUUGGAUGUGUCGUACCAGACAUUGUGUAGGUGUUCAAAGUUUGGUUGUUUGAGUCUUUCAAUCAUGUCUGGCUGGAUGAAGAUGUUUCCUGCAUGUAGUUGUGUAAUUUUUUGUUCGUGAAUGCGGUUUUGGUAUGUGGUAUUUAUGUAUAUCCAUUUGACUGUACCGCGUUGUAUUUCGUGUGCCAGUUGUUGUUUGUUUAAGUGUUUGUAGCGUGGGGGCUCCAUGGCGAAGAGGCGGAUGCCAUAUGUUUUUGGGUUGAGGUCGUAACCGUCCCUAUGGCGAAGGGACUGAUCAUCGACCUCGGAGUCUGUAAGAUCGUCUGUGUGUUUUCGGUGGACAUGUGUUGUUUUGGGUUUCACUGAUUGUGUUUGUUGUGGUUUUGGCUGUUGUGGUGAUUGUUUGUGCGUGUCUGUUUUGGGUGUACGUGGUCGUGCAGGCGAUUGUGUGGGUGUGGGAGUUGGUGUAGGAUUUGGUGUUGGUGUUGGUUUUCUUGGUGGUGGUGCAGUGAAGAGUUCAGUCUCAGGCUCGUCCUGUGGGUCGAGAUCUGGUUGGCGUGGUGAGAUGGUGGAGUGUGUGAUUGUGGUCUAUGUGGUGGUGUUCAAUGUGUUUGGUGGGAGAACCUUGAAGAUCCCCCAGGAGUCUCCGUUCCCGAGGUCGAGAUCUGGUAAAUUAUUAUUUUUUCAAUACUUUUUGGUGUGGUGCCUGAAAACCUAGGCCUGGCUCCAUAGUGUUUUGUAGGUGGGCAUGUAUGAGUGCCGUCAUAAUUCCUACUGACAGGUUGUCUGGUAGUUGUAGUAUGAUCGGUGCUUCUUCUUUGUCUUUUUCCUUCUCCUCCUUUAUCUCCUUUAUCAAGGGUUUUAGCCAUGCAUUCUGUGUAGCUGCAAUACUUCGUUUGGCCGUUUGCUCAGCCACUCUUUUUAACAGAAUUUCCAUCUUUUCUUCUUUUUUAGAAUUCUCCUCCCUUGUCUUUUCUAUGGCUUCCUUCCUUAUGGGGCAGGAGUUUGCCAGGGUUCGGCGUCCUUCAUCUCAGUUUAGGAACCUUUUUGUUUCGGACUUGCAGUCUUUAUAGUUGUGGGUGUUAGACCCGCAUUCUGAACAUAGUCUGAAUUUUUUUCUUUGUCAGGGCAGUUGUUUUUGUAAUGACCAUAUCUAUAGCAGUGCAUGCAUUGCACUAUUGUUGUAAAUCGUUCAGGUUCGAUCUGUUUGGGGCUAAUGAAUAUGUUGAAUAGGUAUAAAACUUUUUCUUGGCAUUGGCAGCCGUGUGAUGGUCGGAGAAUUUUAUUAUCAUCAGUUAGCGGUUCUUCAUGAUGAAGAUAUUUCCAAUUUGGUUGGGUUGGAAAUGUUUCUCCAAUUCUUUUAUAUUUUCUGGUGCCUCUUUUACGAGGUCUCUGGCUAGCUGUUUUAGGACCAAGGUUAGUUUCGCUUUUAGUUCUGGGGGCAUCUGUGGUUCAAACCCCCGUCCCUUCUUGAGGAGGCUGUAGAUGUCGUGUGGGUGUUCCUGUGGUUGGUCAGUGGGGACCCUUUUCAGGGACCUAACCAUAUCCCUACUCACUGAAGUUUUUAUGGAGACCUGAGGUUUCCCUGACCCUGCAGCCUUGACCCUCUGAAGAAGAAGAACCGGUGGAGUUCUCCGGUACCUCUUAAGAAUCGAGGCUUUGUACUUGGUAAUGCUCCCUGGUCCCAAUCUGCUACAAGGGGGCUGGGGCUGCACUCCUCCCCCAGGCGAAUACUAGAGUCACAAGAACUCUCGUAGGCCCAGGAGGAGUUGUUAAAAUCCCAGCAUAGUAUUUUCUUUGGUAUUGCUGGUUGGAAGGUAUGGUUCAUUUUUUUCGCCUGCUAGGGAUUAUCAUAGUAGGUGUGGGCCCACUAUGAUAGCCUAUUGCUGGUGAGACCCUCGCCUGCCUCCCUUCCAGCUCCUAGGAGCUGAGAGCGAGGUUCAGUGGGUCACUCUUUUGUUUAUUGACGAACAACACGGGACAUAACAACACGAGAACAUAUAGGUGAAACAUGGUAAUAAGUAAAAACAAACGAAAAAGAUGUAGGUGGUGGCGAUGAUAAUGGGUCCAUGAGGGGUGUCUAUUUCGAUGGCCAUGAGUUCUGAGGUGAAAGUGUCGAGUAUUUUGUGUUUGAUUUGUUGUUUAACGGCAAUGGCUAUACCGUCAUUAACCUCGUUUGUUUUGUUGGAUGUGUAUGUGUUGUAAUUAAAUAUUUUUACUGUUUGUGGUUGUUGAAGUGAGUGUGAGUUUAUGAGUAUGAUGUCAGGGUCGUGUUGUCUGUAUUGGUUGCGGAGUUCUUGUCUUCGUCUGUAUGUCCAUGUGUGUACAUUGUGUUGGAUGAUCGUGAGGCGUGAGUGUAAUGUGGUGUGUGUUGCAGCCAUGGUGUUACUUGGAUGUGUCGUACCAGACAUUGUGUAGGUGUUCAAAGUUUGGUUGUUUGAGUCUUUCAAUCAUGUCUGGCUGGAUGAAGAUGUUUCCUGCAUGUAGUUGUGUAAUUUUUUGUUCGUGAAUGCGGUUUUGGUAUGUGGUAUUUAUGUAUAUCCAUUUGACUGUACCGCGUUGUAUUUCGUGUGCCAGUUGUUGUUUGUUUAAGUGUUUGUAGCGUGGGGGCUCCAUGGCGAAGAGGCGGAUGCCAUAUGUUUUUGGGUUGAGGUCGUAACCGUCCCUAUGGCGAAGGGACUGAUCAUCGACCUCGGAGUCUGUAAGAUCGUCUGUGUGUUUUCGGUGGACAUGUGUUGUUUUGGGUUUCACUGAUUGUGUUUGUUGUGGUUUUGGCUGUUGUGGUGAUUGUUUGUGCGUGUCUGUUUUGGGUGUACGUGGUCGUGCAGGCGAUUGUGUGGGUGUGGGAGUUGGUGUAGGAUUUGGUGUUGGUGUUGGUUUUCUUGGUGGUGGUGCAGUGAAGAGUUCAGUCUCAGGCUCGUCCUGUGGGUCGAGAUCUGGUUGGCGUGGUGAGAUGGUGGAGUGUGUGAUUGUGGUCUAUGUGGUGGUGUUCAAUGUGUUUGGUGGGAGAACCUUGAAGAUCCCCCAGGAGUCUCCGUUCCCGAGGUCGAGAUCUGGUAAAUUAUUAUUUUUUCAAUACUUUUUGGUGUGGUGCCUGAAAACCUAGGCCUGGCUCCAUAGUGUUUUGUAGGUGGGCAUGUAUGAGUGCCGUCAUAAUUCCUACUGACAGGUUGUCUGGUAGUUGUAGUAUGAUCGGUGCUUCUUCUUUGUCUUUUUCCUUCUCCUCCUUUAUCUCCUUUAUCAAGGGUUUUAGCCAUGCAUUCUGUGUAGCUGCAAUACUUCGUUUGGCCGUUUGCUCAGCCACUCUUUUUAACAGAAUUUCCAUCUUUUCUUCUUUUUUAGAAUUCUCCUCCCUUGUCUUUUCUAUGGCUUCCUUCCUUAUGGGGCAGGAGUUUGCCAGGGUUCGGCGUCCUUCAUCUCAGUUUAGGAACCUUUUUGUUUCGGACUUGCAGUCUUUAUAGUUGUGGGUGUUAGACCCGCAUUCUGAACAUAGUCUGAAUUUUUUUCUUUGUCAGGGCAGUUGUUUUUGUAAUGACCAUAUCUAUAGCAGUGCAUGCAUUGCACUAUUGUUGUAAAUCGUUCAGGUUCGAUCUGUUUGGGGCUAAUGAAUAUGUUGAAUAGGUAUAAAACUUUUUCUUGGCAUUGGCAGCCGUGUGAUGGUCGGAGAAUUUUAUUAUCAUCAGUUAGCGGUUCUUCAUGAUGAAGAUAUUUCCAAUUUGGUUGGGUUGGAAAUGUUUCUCCAAUUCUUUUAUAUUUUCUGGUGCCUCUUUUACGAGGUCUCUGGCUAGCUGUUUUAGGACCAAGGUUAGUUUCGCUUUUAGUUCUGGGGGCAUCUGUGGUUCAAACCCCCGUCCCUUCUUGAGGAGGCUGUAGAUGUCGUGUGGGUGUUCCUGUGGUUGGUCAGUGGGGACCCUUUUCAGGGACUUAACCCUAUCCCUAUUCACUGAAGUUUUAGGUUUAUGGAGACCUGAGGUUUCCCUGACCCUGCAGCCUGACCCUCUGAAGAGGAAGAACCGGUGGAGUUCUCCGGUACCUCUUAAGAAUCGAGGCUUUGUACUUGGUAAUGCUCCCUGGUCCCAAUCUGCUACAAGGGGGCUGGGGCUGCACUCCUCCCCCAGGCGAAUACUAGAGUCACAAGAACUCUCGUAGGCCCAGGAGGAGUUGUUAAAAUCCCAACGUAUUGGGACUUCUUGCUCUACUAAGACAAUUUAAGGUAUCAGCCAAUUUAAGAUUUUAAGAAAUGUACCUGUUUAAGAAAUUUAGGGUAUUUUUAUCUUGAAUAAUUUAAGAAAUCUAUAUAUCAAUAUUUCUUGAUUUUGUUCUUGGAUUCAAGACAUAUAUUUCUUUUGUUUUGAAAACUAGGUUACGGUGAUCGGAAACAUUAGUAUAGCUGUUGCACUUAAAGAUAUAUUCUAAUUUAAGCACUACAAUCAAUUAGGUCCACAAGCAAUAAAUAUUUUUGUUAUUUCUAUGUCUCAUGGGCAAUGGCAUGUCUCUAAAAGAGCAUGAAUAGGGCAGUGAAGCGUCCUUUCCGUCCAUUAGCUUCCAGGGCACCCAUGGGCAAGGUGUAGCACCUGUUUGCCUCCCAUGCUAGGGUACAGCUUUUAGGGAAAAAUAAAGUGGACACUAAUGAAAUAGAAGUUUUAUUAAUCCGCUCGAUUUGAAAUG